AGAAAAACCUUAAAGCAUCGAACUUUUCUUGCUCCGCUAGCCAAUACAAAUGAGGAGCAACAGUCUCUGUAGAGCGACAUUUGGAGCUCCAUUUCUCAGACCCACCACCACGACAAGAGCGUCCGCCUGCUCCUCUCCCUGCUCAAAUCCGAUCAGGCUUCACCAUCAUCAAAAACCCAUCUUUCUUCAAACCCUGAAUUUGUCUCGCUUCGCUGCUGCGAGAGCCGAGUUCGCGAGGAUGUCGAGUCAAGGAAGCUAUGCGGAGGCUCAGAAAUUGAUCAGUUUCUCUCUCUCACCGACCUCCGCUCUCGUCAUCCAGAAGGGGGACAUCACCAAGUGGUCCGUCGAUGGCUCUUCCGAUGCCAUUGUUAAUCCGGCAAAUGAGCGAAUGCUUGGAGGCGGUGGUGCAGAUGGAGCCAUACAUAGAGCUGCCGGACCAGAACUCCUAGAAGCUUGUUAUAAGGUCCCCGAAGUACGUCCAGGGAUCCGCUGCCCCACAGGAGAAGCAAGAAUUACUGCAGGCUUUAGGUUGCCAGCAUCCCAUGUGAUCCACACAGUUGGCCCAAUCUAUGAUGCCGAUAGUAAUCCCCAAGCAUCCCUGAGGAAUGCUUACAGGAACAGCUUGAUGGUGGCCAAAGAAAAGAAGCUUCAGCACGUUGCAUUUCCUGCUAUAUCCUGCGGAGUUUAUGGAUAUCCAUACGAUGAGGCUGCCACAAUAGCUAUCUCUACGCUUAAAGAAUCCUCUGAUGGCUUGAAAGAGGUACAUUUUGUUCUCUUUUCAGAUGAUAUUUACAAUGCUUGGUUGAGCAAGGCAAAGGAAUUGCUUCAGCAGUAGAUAUUCACCAGCUGUGGUGCUGUUGUCUCUAAUCUACUGAACGAGACAAAUGCGAAAUGCCGAUAUUAUCAUAAUAAGAACGAUUAAGCUGGUGAUAACGGUGAACUUGUGAACGAAACUUUUUUCUGUUUCUUGGCUGGCCGAACGGUCACUUCUUCGACUAGUCCAGAUUGUUAUGCUGUGGCCUUUGCAUAAGAUGGAUGAGAUAAAUUGUGGUAUGUUCCGUACAGUUGAAUUUUUCUCUAUCACGUGAAAGAACUGACAUUAAA